UUUUCCCGCAACAAACAAGUGUGUGGAAGGAAGUCUGUUGUGUUCGCGACAGGACCUUUCCUUUUAUCAAAAGCUGCUAAAAUGCCGAAACGAGCUUGUCCUUUCCCCGAAACCUUCUCCUCCCAGUACAAAAUGCACAUUGGACAACAGGAACUGAAUAACUUUGGCGUGUUGGGGAACAAAUACCGACAGGAAAUCUACGCAAAGACGAAGAACCUGCUCUUUAACGGUGCCAAGGCCGUGAUGGGCACAAUCUGGACUGGAGAGGAGAAGUGCGCGGACCCUCAGCCGACGGGACAAGCCGAGACGCCCACAUGUAGCCAGACCCUGCUGAGAGGACAGACUCUGAUCGGACAGGACGGGAGGCUGACGAGAGCCAGCGAUGCUCCAGGUGUACCGGUGGCUCCCGCAGGCUGCUGUGUGUGUCAGAAGAGCCAGGGGUCCAGGACACCUUGCUCCCAAUGUGACCGUCCAGCCUGUUCCUCCUGCACCCGACAGUGCUCAAGCUGCUCCAGCCUCUGCUGCUCUGUCUGCACCAUCAUAGAUUACAGCGGGCAAUAUGAUGAAGUACUUUGCUGCGGUUGCUCGACAUGAAGGACGACCAAAGGAGGGAUCAGGAGUUUAUGCUUGAACAUUGUAUACAUAGUUGCCUCACAUGACAUAUUACUGAAACUGAAUUUUAUGCCUGUGAUUUACUUUUCUUUCUUUUUUUAAAAUAUGGUCCAAAUAUUAUAUUGUAUAUAUGUUUUGCCUAUCAAAAGUAACAGAAAUAAACUUGAACGAUUUUGUACAGA